AUGGUUCAUCAAGCUGAAUUUUUACCUUCAACUGGUACUGAGAUAUCUUCAGUCUUACAAGGUGGUUAUAAUCAUCCAUUGAGUAGAGAAUGGCAACAAGAAAGACAAUUAACUAAAAAUAUGUUUAUUUUCCCAUUAUUUGUUAGUGAUUUACCAGAUGAAGAAACUGAAAUACCUGCAUUACCAAAUAUUAAAAGAUUUGGUAUAAAUAAAUUACUUCCAUACGUUAAAACAUUAGUUGAUAAAGGCUUAAGAGCUGUUAUAUUAUUUGGUGUACCUUUAAAACCAGGAGUCAAAGAUCCUUUAGGUACGGCAGCUGAUGACCCAGAAGGUCCAGUAAUAUUAGCUAUAAAAGCACUUAAACAAAAUUUUCCAGAUUUAUUUAUAAUGUGUGAUGUUUGUCUUUGUGAAUAUACUAAUCAUGGUCAUUGUGGUAUAUUAGCAGAAGAUGGUAGUUUAAUAAGAGAUAAAUCAGUUGAAAGAAUUGCUGCAGUUGCUGUUAAUUAUGCAAAAGCAGGAGCAAAUUCAGUUGCUCCUAGUGAUAUGAUGGAUGGUAGAAUUAAAGAUAUUAAAAUUGGGUUAAUUAAUUCAAAUUUAGCUCAUAAAUGUUUAGUUAUGUCUUAUGCUGCUAAAUUUUCAGGUAAUUUAUAUGGUCCAUUUAGAGAUGCUGCUGGUUCAGCACCUUCACAUGGUGAUAGAAAAGCAUAUCAAUUACCUCCAGGUGGUGCUGGUUUAGCAAGAAGAGCUUUAAUUAGAGAUAUGAAUGAAGGUGCUGAUGCAGUUAUUGUUAAACCAAGUACUUUUUAUUUAGAUAUUGUUAGUGAUGCAGCUAAAUUAUGUAAAGAUUAUCCAAUUUGUGCUUAUCAUGUCAGUGGUGAAUAUUCAAUGUUACAUGCAGCAGCUGAAAAGGGAGUUGUUGAUUUAAAAGGUGUUGCAUUUGAAGCUCAUAAUGGUUUUUUAAGAGCUGGUGCAAGAUUAAUUAUAAGUUAUUUUACCCCAGAAUUUUUAGAAUGGUUGCAAAUUUAA